AUGUCACAAGUGGCUUCUAGUGGAUUCGCCAGCGCCAGCAGCGCAGGUGCCCAGUCCAGCUCCAGCAUCGAGAAGAGAGGCAACGUCGCCAGCUUCAAGCAGUCCGAUGGCUUGACUUCUGGCCUCACCGCCAAGGACGCCUACGGCAACACCUUCAAGGUGCCUGACUUCACCAUCAAGGACAUCUUGUCGGCGAUCCCCGCCCACUGCUACGAGCGCAGGGUUUUUGAGUCGUUGUACUACGUGGCACGCGACAUCUUCUGGAUGGUGGUGUUCGGCUACCUCGCCAACAACUACAUCCACCAGUUGCCCAACAAGGCUGUCCGAUUUGCCGCCUGGUCCGCCUACGUGUACGUCCAAGGGUUGCUCGGUACUGGACUCUGGGUGUUGGCCCACGAGUGUGGCCACCAGGCGUUCUCCGACUACAGAUGGGUCAACGACUCCGUCGGAUGGGUGUUGCACUCCUACUGGUUGGUUCCCUACUUCUCGUGGAAGUUCUCCCACUCCAAGCACCACAAGGCUACUGGCCAUCUCACCAGAGACAUGGUUUUCGUGCCCAAGACCAAGGAACGUUUCUUGGAGUCCAAGGGCGCCCACGACUUGGAAGAGUUGGUUGGUGAUGCCCCUCUCUACACCUUGGUCUCUUUGAUCUUCCAGCAAACCUUGGGCUGGAUCUCCUACUUGCUCACCAAUGUCUCCUCCGGUCAACACUUCCCUGGUGCCUCCACCAUCAAGACCAACCACUUUAACCCCUCCUCGCUCAUUUUCGACAAGAAGGAUUACUGGUUCGUGGUGAUGUCCGACAUCGGUAUCAUUGCCCAGUUUGCCGUUCUCUACUCCUGGUACAAGAACUACGGUGGCUUCAACUUGUUGGUCAACUGGUUCUUGCCUUACGUGUUCGUCAACCACUGGUUGGUCUUCAUCACCUACUUGCAGCACUCGGACCCACAACUUGCUCACUACGAAGGCCACGAAUGGAACUUUGCCAGAGGUGCUGCCUGUACCAUUGACCGUGAGUUCGGCUUUGUUGGUAAGUACAUCUUCCACGACAUCAUCGAAACCCAUGUCUUGCAUCACUACGUUUCCAGAAUUCCUUUCUACAACGCUAGAGAAGCCAGUGAGGCUAUAAAGAAGGUUAUGGGUGAGCACUACAUGCACACCGACGAAAACAUGUGGGUUUCUCUCUGGAAGUCCGGUAGAUGGUGCCAAUUUGUCGACGGAGACAACGGUGUCAAGAUGUACAGAAACCUCAAUGGUUUGGGUGUGAAUCCAAAGAAGCAAUAG